GGCUCCGGUCCGCUGAACGAUAAGACGUUGUUCAAAGAGAGGAUUAGUCUUCUGUCUCAGAGCGCCGCCACGCCCAUCCACUGUCUGUUUGAGCACAUAGCCAAUGGAGAUGAGGUGGAGGUGAAGCGUCUGCUGAGUGAAGGAGAGAACAACGAGGACGUCAGGAUGUGUCACCCCCUCUGCUCCUGUGACCUCUGUGACCUCCAGGUGUCCGGGCGGUUGAACGACCCGUCCAUCGUCACGCCGUUCUCCAGAGACGACCGAGGUUACACUCCGCUGCACGUCGCCGCCAUCUACGGUCAGGCCCGCCUGAUCGACUUGCUGGUGUGUAAAGGAGCGGCGGUGAACGCCACGGACUACCAUGCCCUCACUCCACUGCACCUGGCCUGCCAGAAGGGGUACCAGGGAGUCACGCUGCUGCUGCUGCACUAUCAAGCCAACACUGACGCUCAGGACAACAACGGAAACACACCGCUGCACCUCGCCUGCAUGUACGGCCACGAAGACUGUGUGAAGGCGAUGGUUUACUACGAUGUGCAGAAGUGCCGCCUGGAGCUUCAGAACGAUAAAGGCGACACGGCGCUGCACAUCGCGGCGCGUUGGGGCUACGAGGGGAUCAUCGUGGUGCUGCUGGAGAACAGAGCCAACACCGACGUCUUCAACAAGAGCCGAGACACCCCGCUGCACUGCGCUCUCAACUCCAAGAUCCUGGUGUUGCUGCAGUCGACUCGGAGCGCUCUACGCAGCAGCAGCGGAGUCGAUUCUCCCAGUCGCUCUCCUCUGGCUUCAGACUGCAGCAGCCGCCGAUCCUCCGCCUCCAGCGAGUCCUCUCUGAACUCUGAAGUCAAACCGGACGGAGUCAGGGUCCGACACCGAGAGGUGGAGAAGCUGCUGCGUGCCAUAGCAGACGGCGAUGUGGAGAUGGUGCGUUACUUGUUGGAGUGGAUGGAAGAGGAAGAGGAUGAUGAAGAGGAUCUUCGGUCAGAGGUUCUGCUUUGCCAUCCGCUGUGUCAGUGUCCAAACUGCGCUCCCACUCAGAAGCUCUCGGUGCUGCAGGCCGGCUCUCUGGGGGUGAACAGCUGUAACGUGGACGGCUUCUCUCCUCUUCACGUCGCUGCGCUGCACGGACACGCACCGCUGCUCGCUCUGCUGAUCCGACACGGAGCCAACGUCAACGAGAACAACCACAGCGCCACGCCGCUGCACCUGGCCGUCCAGAACAGCCACGUCCAGGUGAUGAGGUUCCUGUUGGAGUGCAACGCCAAACUGAACAAGAAGGAUCACUAUGGAAACACGCCGCUCAUCCAGGCCUGUCUGUGUGGGAACCUGGAGACCGCCAGCACCUUGUUACAGAGCGAUGCGUUGGUGAACGUGGUGAACCAGCAGGGGAACACGGCGCUGCACGAGGCGGUGCGAGGGGGGCAGCAGGCGCUGGUGGAGCUGCUGCUGAGGGGGGGGGCGGCGCCGGGCCUCAGGAACAAGAGGCAGAGGACAGCGCUGGAAUGCGCCUACGAGCUGGGAGGCAAGAACACGGAGAUCCUGAGAGCUCUGCAGCAAGCGUCCGGACUUUCUCCCGACGCUGAGCCAAUCAAACUCCUCUCUGUGCCCAAAGGCGCUCUGGCUCAUUCCUUCGUGCAGCGUCUGCGUCUUCAUGAUCACGCAAACGGCCGGAGACAGAAACUAGCUCAGUCCAUCAGCAGGAUGAAUCAGAUGAAGAAAGGAACAUCCAGGUGUUCACCGAACUUCAACCCGGAGAGUCCGGUGAGGAGGAGGCUGAGGAGGGGGGAGACCCUGGAGGUCAGCAGCCCCUCAGCGAGCCUCGAUGGUGGGGCUCGGAUCAGGGAGAGGCCCCUGGGUCGCUGGCACACCCUGGACUCAGGAGAACACACAGAGGAACACACACACACUCUGAACGCUCCAGAAGACACUCUGAACUCACCUGAACUCACUCUGAGCGCUCCUGAAUACACUCAGAACGCUCCUGAACUCACUCUGAACGCUCCAGAACACACUCAGAACGCUCCUGAACACACUCUGAACGCUCCAGAACACACUCAGAACGCUCCUGAACACACUCUGAAUGCUUCAGAACACACUCAGAACGCUCCUGAACACACUCUGAACGCACCUGAACACACUCAUAACGCUCCUGAACACACUCAGAAUGCUCCUGAACACACUCUGAACGCUCCAGAACACACUCUGAACGCUCCAGAACACACUCAGAACGCUCCUGAACACACUCUGAAUGCUUCAGAACACACUCAGAACGCUCCUGAACACACUCUGAACGCUCCAGAACACACUCAGAACGCUCCUGAACACACUCUGAACGCUCCAGAACACACUCUGAAUGCUUCAGAACACACUCAGAACGCACCUGAACACACUCUGAACGCUCCUGAACACACUCUGAACGCUCCAGAACACACUCAGAAUGCUCCUGAACACACUCUGAAUGCUUCAGAACACACUCAGAACGCUCCUGAACACACUCAGAACGCACCUGAACACACUCAGAACGCUCCUGAACACACUCUGACACACCUGAACACACUCAGACACACCUGAACACACUCAGAACGCUCCUGAACACCACUCUGAACGCUCCAGAACACACUCAGAACGCUCCUGAACACACUCAGAACGCUUCAGAACACACUCAGACCGCUCCUGAACACACUCAGAACGCUCCUGAGACACACUCAGAACGCUCCUGAACACACUCUGAACGCUUCAGAACACACUCUGAACGCUUCAGAACACACUCAGAAUGCACCUGAACACACUCAGAACGUUCCAGAACACACUCAGAACGCUCCAGAACACACUCUGAACGCU